UAACAUAAAACCAUCAUAUAUAUACACGCUGUCUGGAAAUUUAUUUCACUUUGACAAAAGAGAAAUGCGUGUUUGUGAGACGAUUUCCUUAGGAUAGUUACUUGUGUUUCGUGACAUAACGAAGAUACAUCGGCUACAAACUCUUAUAUAACACAAUCUUUUGCCUGAACACUCGGAGUUUGUUUCGAUACAGAGGAUAUAAUUACGAGUAAACCAUACUGGCUUUCGUCUUUACUCAUUGUUGUGCAACAUGCGUGUUGCUCUCUAUUUAACGCAAGGCAUAUAAUUGAUUUCAGGUGAAACACCUGCGCGGUCCGUCCACCCAGGUUCGAGCUAUCGAUCCCCCUCCCAUUCUCGUAUCAAUGAAUCUUCUCUAAAUUAAGUUCUGUUUUAUUUGUAUAGGACAUUACGCUUGAUACUUAUAGACGGUCCUCAAUGACCAGAACAAACUGUGUGUUUAUCUUAUUUAUGGCAAUAGACUUUAAUUUUGUUUCUUGAGGCCAGUGAAAUACCGAUCUUGAUUGACGGAGACCAAGAUAAUAGAAUUCUCAAUCACGGAUUGUAAACAAUAGGUUUGUGUUAUGGAAUAUUAGCUACCGUCACCUCCCAGUGUAAGGAAUGGAAUAUAUUCAAAAUAUUUCAAAAGGUGUGUUAAGCUGUUUCGAUUCUGCGUCACUGGAUCUUUUUUCCUUUAAUCAAUAACUUUACGUUUUUGGUCCAAUUCUGUAAUCAAAGUAAAACAAAGAAGCGCUCGGCUGCAACUGGGAGAACGCUAUAUGUGUGUCAGUGAGGCGCAAGAAAGCGGCGCCAGGAGCCGAACUUAGUGUUUGUCGAGCACACGAAGAGUGGCCAGUCAACGGAGACUUGAAGCAUUUACUUAUUUCCCGGACAAUGGAUAGUACAAAACGCUGAUUUCCUUCACAGGAACCGCCAAAGGAUUUCGCACCUCUGCGUUUGUUUUCAUCUACCUGUUUAAAUGGAACGCAUCCAAUUUCAGCGGCUUUUGUGUGUGUCAAAUACAAAUAUUUUAUUGUGUUCAGAUUUGUUGAGUAAAAUUGGCUUUUUAAUGCUUCGACAUAUGUCAGUUAGUAUCCUUAAUGGAUGAAUCGGUCCAUUCAUUAAAUAAAUAUCGACUGUGGUUCCUGGUAUAGACAAAUAAAAUUGUGUCAGUGAUGUAAAUGACAAAAGUAAUUUUUACGAGUGGCGGAUCGAAUAAUGAUAUUUUCUACACUGGACAAAAAUACGUUUACUUCCUACCUACACAGUAACUGGUCAUGCACCCAGCAACAUGCCGAGCUUAAUUAAAAAGCUGUCAAGAAGUGUACCCACCUUACCUAGGAUCCCCGAACCGAGCGAUUCCAGCGAGGAUGACGCCAUUCUUCAGAGGCUGGGUCCGGACCGAAACAGAAUCGCUUGGUCUGGGGAAAACACCUUUAGUGCAAUAUCACCCCCGCAGAACGGAACAUCGGAGAGUGAUGGUGAUAUGCGUCCAAAGUCACCACCCAGGGGCAUACUGCGCGGUCCAGCGACCAGGGACCAGGGUAGUGUAGAGAAUAGGACAGUGAAUGGGGGAGUUAUUUCUAGAAUUGGACAGUCUUCUACUCCCACUAGGCCACGAUAUAACAGAACACCAGUUCGAAUGACCGUUGCAGGAGAGUGGGCGCUGAAAGAAUGCGAAACUCUGACAACAUGGUUAAAUAAUAUUCUGAAGGAUUUGGGUUCUGAACCUGUGGUGGAUCUAAGAAAAUGUGUAGGGGAUGGUGUCACACUAGUGAAACUAGCUGAAAAAACCUGUGGCAAAUUCUCAGAGGAGGUUGACACAGACAUAAACUCGAGGCAGGACCGAGUCGACAACUUACAAGUCUGCCUGAGUCACCUCAAGUCAUCUGGAGUCGACCUUACUGCCAUUGAUGCUGAAGAUAUUGCUGAUGGAAAUUUGAAGUCUACUCUGCUCCUCAUUGGAAAUAUCAAGAGAAAAGUUGAGUCGGACAAGGAAAGCAAAACGAAGACAAGUACAGUGUCAAGGGGAAGUAAAAAUGUAGCAGCCCCCAAAAUGCCAGGGGCAAUAACUCUUCCAGGUGGAAUGAGGGAGCCCCCUCUGGGAGUCAGUGAUUACCCAAUGACUUCUCAGAGGAGAACCUCUACCCAUCCAUCUGAUGACCUCAUCCCAGGAAUCCUCAGGAAGGAGGAAACAGUUCCACGUCCUCAGUCUGUUCCUCCCCAGCCAUUAAUUUCGAUGACUGAGCUGAGUUCUGCCGGAGUUUUCCAGCGUGGAGCUGAAGAGAGGAGACAGUUGUACUCUCAUAAUAACUACAGUGCUCAGUUGUCACGGGGAGCAGGCCCUCGGCAGCAGACGACAGUCAAACCUAGUGUUCCCACCAGUAAACCUCUGUCCAAUGCCUGGUCCAACGAAUCACAAAAACCACAGCCGGGACCAUCCGUUGUAACGUCUGUGGAGGAACGAUUGAGAUCAUUGAUCUCGAGCCCUCCCUCUGAGCGGGAGAACCCAAUAAACUGGACGUUGCCUCCAGUAGAAGUGGCUUCCAGGAGUUUUGAUGAUGGAGAAUUGAUCGUACCGUUUCCUCCCCAGCCUCGUAAUGCUCUGCCAGGGGGAGGUAACUCCAUCCACCAGAAAUACCCGUCCAUACCUGUACAUUCUCAGUCCAACUCGUAUAUUCCGUCCAGACCAAAUGAUAGGGCACAUCAUGGUUCCCGAGCUGAGGCAAUACUCAACCAACCAAAUUCUUCAUCAGACUAUCCUGAAUCAUCCCAAGUCCAUUCUUCAUACAAACCAGGCCAGGCUCACAACUUGGCCAACUAUUACGAUCCAUCCUACACUCAUCUCAGCACCCAUCCCAUCACCAUACCCCCAGGGACUGCAAACCAGGGCUACGGGGACAAAACCAGGAGUAAAGGUGUCACCCCUAGUGUUGACCCCGGGGAAUGGGGUCAUCAAAGGGGGCAGGAUAAUCUGGGAUUUAGUAGGGAUUCUUCUCCAAUCAGAGAAAGAGUUCUUAACAGAGAUGAAAGCGUGUCCUCUAGGGGCCGAGGAGCAGAUGGAAUGAGGGACGCCUGGAAUAAGUUGUAUGGAGGAAGACCUUCAGUUCUAGGUGAUCCGAGGCCACAGCAAUCUCAGCAUCACCAGAAUACUGGUAAUUACAUGGAUAUGGCUGCUAAAGACUCACGAACUAAUGCAACUCCCCCAUCCACACUGAGAUCAAGUCCAAUGGGUCAAAGUGCACAGGGUCACGGGUCAAGUCCCAGUCAACUCAGUUCUUCUCAAGCUUCUCCAAGCAGUGUCUCGUUUCCAGGACUCAACAAACCUUCCACUGAAAACCCCUCCGGUUCUCAACACACUAUAGGACCUUCAUCAAAAUACCCUGAUUACUCCAAUCGGCCAUUGGCAGGCAAGGAGUCAGAACUAAUGGAAAAGCGCAACGAUGCAUUUAAAGACCCGAGAGGACUUCCUCCAAAACCAUUCCCUCAUGCUAACAGUGAAAGCACCCUUCACGAACCCGAAGCUAGUAUUUUUGAUUAUCGUAAUUCAUUUAGUGAGGCUUCGUCUCGUUCUGUGACUCCUCCUCUUCCUCCUUUGUCAAACACAGACUCGGAUUCUUCUGUGGGAAGUCCACCUCUCCCUCGAGCGUCGAGUUCGACGGCCCUGUCCUCCCAAAAGAACCCUGAUGUUGUCACUUCCACUACACAUGUGUCCAGUGAGGACAAAAAAAAACGAACUCUGAACUCACAAAUUCCAAGCAGGAGUGAUAAAAAGCAUUCUUUUAAGUCAUUCUCUCAAUCAAAGUUUCCACCAUUUCAUAAUAAUGAGAAGAUGCAGGACUCGGGCGUGUUGAGUGAUGUCCGGGAACUCGGCACAGACAGUGAUCUUCCCUUUGAUAUUGAAGAUACCAUUUUAACUGUGGACUCCAUUGAUACAGAAAUGCAGACAAUUCAUGAUGGGAUUCAGAAGAUGCAUCUUCACGGAGAUGAAAAUUUUGGUGGGAUGAGGGAGAGACUGGAUAAUUUGGAGGGGUUGUAUUCAGAGGUUGUUCGUGUUUUGGGAAACAAUCCUUCAAAUACCAGGAGGAGAUGGAGUCUUGCCAGCUCUGACACGAGUUCACUUCGGCGACCGGUGAGAAAAUUCAAAGCUUCAGCAGGAAACCCCACCUCCCACAGCAGAAGUCAUCACCAUCAUCAUCACAAAGACAUCAAAGCCAUUAAUCGACGGUUCCAGCGCUUAGAGUCUCACGUAGUUACUCUAGCUAGAAGUGUCGCCCACUUAUCAUCAGAACUCCGUUCCCACAAUUCCAUGGUCAAUGAGCUGGAAUCAUUACGCAAAGAAGUUCGGGACAUGAAGGAGCACCAGUUCAUAUUGUCCCAUCAGACUGGUGCAAAUGGCCACAGUUCGCUAGAACACAACAAGGGAUGGGGACCCUCCCUGACUAACCCCAAGAGGAUCAAUAAAUUAACUCAGUUUUUCGGACAAGAACCACCAUUGAUGGAAUGGUUCUUGAAGAAUUUAGGAUAUGAGAAAUUUGUAUCAAACUUUGAUGCUGAACACAUAGGAAUGUUGGAGUUGCCAUAUAUGAAUGAAGAGAGGUUGGAGAAAAUUGGAAUUCCCAUGGGACCAAGACUGCGAAUUCUACAGGAAGCUCAAAACUGUUUCCAACAUGAAAAUCUCAACAUAUACAUCGUCUGAUGUCACAUUAUGUGACGUACGUCUUCUGCAGUAUAUACCAUGUGACUAUAUGUUGAUUACACACUGAUCUAAACUCGGAGAACAGGAGAGGUGGCAAAUGAGUUUUCAUUUAAUAAGAGGUGGCAAAUGAGAUUUCAUUUAUUAAGAGGUGGCAAAAGAUAUCCCAUUUAUUAAGAGGUGGCAAAAGAUUUUUCAUUUACCAAGAGGUGGCAAAUGAGUUUUCAUUUAUUUGGGAAUGUUAGUAUUUUUAUAAUGUUGCAUAAUCAAAAGAAUAUCAAUAAUACUUUAUAAAUCUACUUAUCUAUUUUUCAAAGACACAAUUCUCUUAACUUUACUUACUAGAAAGAUUUUGACAAAUCCCAAACAGGAUAAAUUGGAAUAAGUGUUCAAACUGUACUGUAACACAAAUAUGGUGACCAUUGAUGAUUCAGGGAGGGUUUUUAGCAAUAUCUCCUAUAGUGCUGUUGUUAUUUAUGACCAUUAUACAGUGUCUGUGUGCAGGUUUUAUAUAUAUGCUAUUUAUGAUUGUGUUCAUUAUCAGUUGAAGCAAUAUCCUAAUUUGUUUCUGCAGCUAUCCAUUUGUUAUUUAUAUAUGCCUGGUUCUGUGAUAAUAAAACCAUUUUGAUACCCAUU